AUGCCUAGUGUGGCUGCCUCUAGAACCAUACCAUUCGAAGGGAAGAUACGUGGGGAUGAGUAUUGGAACGGGAUGCCCAUCAGAUCGAAUGUUGCAGCUCGAGGAAAGUCCUCUGGGUGUUGGAAUUGGUCACCUCCUCCAGGAGGGCUCAAGAUCUACUACAGACCGCCAUUCCCAGAAGCUGUCCAUCCUCCUCUUGCGAAAGGGGCUGAUUAA